UGUUGUUUGUGGGGAGGAAGUUAUGUUACAUCCUUUCUUAUAUUUUAUGUUAGUGUUUGCAUUUGUUUAUAGUAUUACCUAUAAUUAUAAAUAUAGUUCAUUCCUACAUGGUGCAAGCUAGUAGUCCAGGAUUUAAAAAUAAAGAACAUGUCUGAUGACAGUUUAGAAUGGUUGGGUCAAAUAUUGUCAGAUGUACAAUUAGGACAGUUUUUAGUUCCAUUACGAGAUGAUUUACAAGUAACAAGACUGGAACAUUUUGACUUUGUCAAAACAGAAGAUUUAGAGAAUAUAGGUUUAAGCAAGCCAGGCGCAAGGAGAUUAUUAGAGGCUGUCAAAAAAAGACGUGCCCAACAGAAGAAAAGAAAUUUAAUAAACAAAUUAAUUCCUGUAACAAGUAAAACUCAAACAAACAAAAAGAAUGAAGGUAAUAUAUCUAUUAGUGACUUUACAUCAUGCUUAAUACAAGAAAGCAAUAUUUCUUUAUCUGUAAAACUCGGCGAUGGAAGUUUUGGUGUAGUUAGAAGGGCUGAAUGGACAAACCCAAAUGGCAAAACUAUACCAGUAGCAGUGAAGAUAUUGAAAGCUGACGCACUAAAUCAACCCGGUGUCUUUGAGGAUUUCAUCAAAGAAGUGCAAGCAAUGCAUGUUUUAUGUCACACUAAUUUGAUAAGGUUAUAUGGAGUGGUAUUAUCUCAACCCAUGAUGAUGGUAACAGAACUAGCGCCUUUAGGAUCUUUGUUAGAUUUUUUAAGAAAACAGUGCCAACACACCCCUGUGCCAAUGUUAUGUGAAUAUGCGACACAAGUUGCGAAUGGUAUGGCAUAUUUAGAAAAUAGACGAUUUUUGCACAGGGACUUGGCAUGUAGAAAUGUAUUACUAUCGACAGUUGACAAGGUUAAAAUAGGAGAUUUCGGGUUAAUGAGAGCAUUACCACAAGAAGAAGACUGUUAUGUCAUGACUGAACAUAAAAAAGUCCCUUUUCCUUGGUGUGCACCUGAAUCUUUAAGAUUUAGGCAAUUUAGUCAUGCUUCAGAUACAUGGAUGUUUGGUGUAACUGUUUGGGAAAUGUUUACCUUUGGUGAAGAUCCGUGGAUGGGAUUGAUAGGUUCUGAAAUUUUGAGGAAAAUAGAGAAAGAAGGAGAGAGGUUAGCGGCUCCUGAUGCCUGUCCUCCUGCAAUUUACCAAACUCUCCUUCAGUGCUGGUCAAAAAAUCCUCAGGAACGACCAACAUUUGCUGCCCUAAAAGAAUUUUUCCGCAAAAAUGUUACGCCUGUUAUGAAAGCUUUAACUAAGCAAGACGAACCCGAUAAACUGAAAAUAAUUGAGGGUGAUGAAAUUGCUAUUAUAGAUGGUAGUGCCGAAUUAUAUUGGUGGAAAGGCCAAAAUCAAAGAACCUUUGACAUCGGGAGAUUCCCAAGAUGUUUGGUAAACCCAAUGCGGCCUAAGCAGCCUGAAGAUAUUAGUAAACCGCUUGAUAAUUCUUUUAUACAUACAGGCCACGGUUCUGCCUUUGGGGAGUCUUGGGGAAGCCCCUCUCACAUAGAUGAAAUGUACUUAAAGAACCCAAUGGAUCCUCCAGAUGUUAUUGGCAUGCAAUGCCAACCGAAACCCUCACCCCAACUCUAUGAUAGAAGAAAAUCUCAAAAAAGCACUAAUGGCUCUCUAAGAAAACCUCUUGAAAAUCAGUUCAAUUAUAAAAAGUUAACUAACCAAGAAAGUUUUAAGGGAAAACCUCAACGGCCACCCCAACCAAAAGUAGACACGACCGCAACUAAAGAGGGCAUUCUUAUAGAUUUAUCACCUGAGGAAGAAUCGAUGCUACGAAAACGUUCCUGUCCCAGACCAGAAUCUCGCGCAGUGUCGUUACUUGAUGAACCCAUUGAUGUACCUCAGGAAGGAAACGACGUUUGGCUCGAAGGUUCAUCUGAAAUAGUUCAAGAAUCAGAGAAAGGCCCACCACCUUAUCUUGCACCACCUACCUAUUAUAAUACCUCAACUUGUGCACAAAAUACUUUAGUGACUGAUCCUUUUGAUACUUCUAAUAUUUUUAUAAGCUCUAUGACGCAGCCCCAUUCUACUCAAGAAAUAUCACCUUCAGUUUUUGAAAAUGCGGAGACUGAAUCGUCUAUAAGUAGUUUAUCCUCUUCCAAUUUAGUUAACAAAUGUAGCCAAAAAAUAAGUAAUGUAGCCACUUGCAAUUUUAAUAGAAAUUUAAGUUAUAGUACAAGUUAUGUCCAGAGUGAUAUUACCAAUAGAGGAAUGAACUAUGUAAAGCCUAGUGUUCUUGAAAAAGACAGCAGUGUUGCAGUGUCUAAAUCCAUUGCAGCAGUCCAAAAGGAUAUUGCGAUUCCUCUUGCCAUGAAAUCGAAUAAAGAAAAUGGUGAUCUAGUAACUAAUAUGUCAUCGAUGAAGUUGAAUGACUCCCCAAAAAAGACUUUUGAUGGAAAAUUCCUUAUGGAUUUAGAGAAGUACUUGAUGGGAAAAGAGAAACCUCCUGAAAUACCUAUUUUAGAUCCUCCUCCAGCUCACUCUAAAUCUCCUAAGAAAAACGAAACGCAAGUUACACCAAAAACUGAUAAUAGUGAUGUACAUUCAACAGCUAAUAUAGUACAAAAUGAUACGACAUCGAUAUUGAACAAGAUGUGGUUGGAUAGUGCCCACAAUAGUAAUACCAACUUAAAACAGAAUAACAAAAAUAUACAAGUGGACGCAAAUUGCACCCAACCCAGAAAUGAAACUUAUGUAGUUAAUUCGGAGUUUGGUCAGUUUAAGAGUAAUAGAAGAUAUGAUCCUGUUUAUGCCUCUUCAAGUAUUAUUUAUGGGACUACCGAGGCUUAUGGAAUACCUACACCUUAUAACAAUGUAGGCGAUGUAGGUGCAAAUUUUUUUAAUAACAGUGCCAUGAACAAUACACAAACUAUUUAUAACAAUAUAGGGGAAACUACAUCAGUACUUACAAAUCUCGUUUAUAACAACACCGGAGUUCAAAAUAGUCAGUGGAUAACAGGCAAUAGAGAAUCUGUUAAUUCGUAUAAUUCAUAUAGUACUCAAAAAGCAGUCUAUGGGUAUGGCACGCUUCCUAGUAGAGUGUACAGCGAAGUUAACGAGAGUUUAUACCAUGAAAUACCAGAAAACUUAUACAGCCAGGUACCUGAUGAAACUCUGAAGCCUCAUCGACCUGCUCCAACAAAGCCGGGCCUCCAGCCGUUAAGUAUGCAACAAAUACAAAGGAAAAUUCAACAAGGACAGUUAAGUGCUGAUGCGGAACGUUUAAUGACGCCUGAAUAUCGCAGCAAUAAAAUCAGUCAAGUUAGAGAUUGCAUCCCUGAUGUCGAUAGUGAUGAAUGCCUUGCAAUUCUACAAUCAACUGGAUGGGAUGUAGCAGCUGCAGUAAAAAGUCUCAAAACAGAAAAAUUGCUAAAGUUAGGCUUGGCCAAUAGGAGUCAGUGCGAAGCAGCCCUACAGAGGACCAAUUGGAAUGUUGAAUUAGCAGCAUCAGCUAUUUUAGAUACUUGAUGAUCGUUUUAGAACUAAAAAUAUUCAUCGCAUUAUGACAAAAGCUCUAGAAGUAGGUAGCAAAAUAUUUGUCAAACUUGUAUUGUACAUUAACGUUUCUGCUUAAAGUUCAUUGCUUAUCGAGAAGUUUUCAAUUAUUGUAAGCAAUGCGCUCGUUAUAGAUUUCGUGCCAAAGAUAAUUAAAAACUCGAAUUCAAGAAUAAAUCGCAUCACAUGUAUGCAGCUUUAACACAGUCCAUUUUUUAUGAUAGGCUAGAAAAAUUAUAUGAUAAAAGAAUUAUGGAUGUCGUUAACGCAAAGAGAGUUUUGAUCAUUCUUUUGAUGUGUUGGUUUAUUUGUUCAGUCUGUUUAAGAAAUGGACGGUAUGUAACAGGUCUGACGGAAAACAUUUCUUAAGUUACAUGUUAGUUGAGUGGAUAAUCAGAAUUUGAGUAUCAAAAUCACUUUUUUUUGUUUUCUUGUAUAUUAUUUAUUUUUAUGAGUACUUGUGACAAAUCGAAAUAGGGUUAAGAGAACUAAAAUUUUAAAAAUCUCCUCAUUUGUAAUAAAACAAAUGCUUGAACAUGUCAAUGUUUCCAGUGUCGCUUUUUAUAUGCAUCUGAAAAAUCUUAUGCAGAAGAUAAGAAAGAACAAAACAUAACUAUUUGGAGCAUAUUUUUUAAUAGCUGAAAUAACGAGUGUUGUUUUAAAUGGCAUUCCUCUGUAACUUCCAUACGAGUCAUUUUAAUGAUAUCAACUUUGGCAUUCAUGGGCAGAAUGGAUAUUAACAAUUAGAUGAAAGCAGUUUUGUUGUUGACAGAUCGGUAUUUUCUUAGUUGAUGUUUUAAUCGUUCAUUCUUUUAUUUAAUUUAUAGAGCAUACUUAUUGAGUAAUUUCUGAUCUAAUAAAAAGAAAACAAUAAUGAAUCAUAGAAUAAUCAAGGGACUAGCAAUAUUAGUAUUAGUUUUGGAAAUAAAACAAGUUAAAACACUAACCUCACUAUUGAUUUUAUUAAAUUCAUCAUAACAGUUUACAUUUAAUUGUCAGUUGGGUAAAAACAAAAAAAUGCACACAAAAUUAUAUAAUCACGAUUUAUGGAAAUUCAUGGUCGUUUUUAAUAAGUGUAAGCAAAUCUACUAAUUUUGGUGUCAAACGUUAUAAAAAAUGUAAUUCUUUAACUCAAAACUGUUAUAAAAAUUACGCUAUUACAAAAAAUCUAUUAAGUUGCGGUUAGUGUUUUACUUGUUUUUCAUUUUCAAGGCUAAUGCUAUAAUGCUAGUGUAUCCAUCUGAAUCAAUUCACCCAUAUUAUUUCUAAUCUGUUCCAUUACCCUGCAUGAUUAUAUCUGUCAGGUAUUGGUUCUAUCUACGUAUAAUUUUUAAAUUUAUUUAUGUUAAAAUAAUGCGGCAUUGUAUUGCCUUUUGUGGAAAUAUAAAAGGAGACUGUUACUCGUGUGUUAGCACACAUUGUUGUCAAAAAUAAACUGAUGAUGUAGAUAGUAUUAUGUUACGUUUUUUAUAGUUUCAAAGUAUGUAGUUAAUAAAAGAUAGAUCUAUUUUUUAUAAAUUAAAUUGGAUAAUUGUGAAUAUUUUAUUAAACUAUUGCAUUGUCAAAACCAAAUGUCAAAUGCUGACAUUUCUGAUUUGAAAUUCAUGAUUCGUAACAAAAUAAAUAAUUUAAAUUAAAUUAUAUUAAUGCUCUCAAAAAAAAAUUAUUCAGAUACGUACGUAGGUUGCUCGAUAAGUCUUGUCGCUCCUCUAUAAAAUGUUACUGUUUUUCGAAGUAUAUACCAUUACUUGUUACACACUUACGCAUAUGCUCAAACCAUCCAUCAAAUCAGUGAUUCCAUUUCCCUUCUGAGACGGAAACGCAACAUUUGUCCCAGGCAGCUAAAAUCUCAAUCACCUGAACAAAAACUUGCGUCCUUUUAAUUGACUUUUCACAUACAGGAAAAAUACGAAGUCACAGGGCACUACAUCAGGACUGUAAGGAGGGUGAUCUAACAGUUCAAUACCGGAUGACUUCAGAAAAUCUAUAAUUCACUGGGCAUGAAGAACUGGUGCAUUAUUACGAUGCAACUGCCAAUUGCGCACUUGACAUUUUGGUCACAAUUCUUGAAGUGAGUGAAAGCAAACACAAUUCUAUAUACCAAUCCGCAGUAACAGUCUGUUUGAUAUCUAAGAGAAUUGUCUUGAUUGUCGCAACGACCAAAAAAAACCACGAUAAUUUUUUUCUUAACUGAAUGUGUCCGCUUAGGCAUAUUCGGAUAGUCUUCACCUUCCAACAACCAUACGGGAUGUCAUAUCAUAAUAAAAUGCCAAGAAGACACUUUAGAAGAUCGUUCAGAUUUGAACUUUGUGAGCGAACAUCUUUUUGCACCUUUUCACAUGACGCUCCAUUUCCUCGUCAGUAAAUUUGUGUGGUACAAGAAGGGUAGAAGCUUUAUACUUCCAGUUAUUCAUUUAAAAUUUUAUUUACGGUCCAUGCAGAAAUGUUAAGGGUUUCCUGGAUCAGUUUUAUGUGAUUCGGCGGUCUUCAAAAAUUAGUUUUUGAACAGCGACUAUUUCAGGUGUAAUCAUUCCGCAUGGCAGGCCGGAUGCGGAUCGUCCUCUAAUUCAAAAACGUCUCUUUCAGACUGUUUGUACCAUCGUUCGACAAAAAUUAUACUUAAUAAAUUAUUGUACGAAUUUGAGACGUAACAGACGCAGGUUUACGCCCUGGAAACGUUACUAUUCAAUGCCUAGGCAGCUACUGAACAGUUUUGACAGGCAAACAUGAAUAUUUAUGUACUAUAUGUAGAUAUAAAAAUAAACCGUUUAGGUUUUGAUAUUGUGCCAAACAACAAGACUUACGGAGCGACCUACGUAAAAUAACAUUUUUGUUAUCAACCCUUUGGGGUAGCAGUCUGACAUUGCAAUUGCUCUCACUUAAUUGACGAAGUCAUUUUAUUCUUAAAUGCCACAUUUGAUAUUAAUUAGACUGCCCGUAUAAAAGUUGGUAGAAUUAUGCCGUUAAAAAACACCCUUUUGAUAUGUCAGACUGAAAUUGGAUAUUCUUGUUUUUUGUAGUUUAAUAAGAAAAGUUUCUAUGCUAACCUAUCAUAUUAGUGAACAGUAUACGUCAAUAAAUAUUCUUCCAUUAUACGAAAUUUUAGUAUAAAAAUUUUAUCGACAAAAAAAGUUACUAAGAUUAGCAAAGAACAAAUGAUUUCGAUUUUUGACAAUGGCUUGUUUUUUUUUUGUUUGAGAAAGUAAGAGCAUAUAUGUGGUAUCUUUUUUUCUCAGAAACUUUAAAAAAUAACUAAAUACUAAGUUUUCUAUUAUCUCAAAAUUUGAUAUUUGAAUAUUAUUAUUAUUUUAUUUUUAGUUACAACAGGAAUUGAUUAAAUUACCCAGUGUUUGUUCCUUUAUUUUGUAGUGAUUACCUAUAUAUAUAUAUAUAUAUAUAUAUAUAUAUUUAGCUGCAAGCAACUGACUAUGAGAUCUAUAUUUAGAAGUUAUUUGGUAAAACAUCAGGUACUUACACUUUUUAGUCAUGUAAAGCUUUAUCGGCAAUUUUGUUAUAAAUAAUAAAUUACAUUAUAAUAAAUUCAAAUUUAUAAUUUCUGAGCACAAGAAAUUAAAUCUCACUUAAGUAAAAAUUUCACAUAUACUUUUCCCAAAAAUACCUCAGGAUUUACUUCAUAAAAUAUAUGCAUACUAUUAUAAUUGAGGAACAGAAAUAUAUCAAAACGAAUAAGACUUGUAAAAAAUGUUUAAUAUUUUGUGUUAGGAGCAAGAAUCAAAAUGCAGAAAAAUUUUGUUAAGUGGAAAAAUCUGAAUUUUACUUAAGGGGGUAACGGUACUCUAGGGGUUGGAAAAAGGUGAUUUUUGGAAAUUCUUAAGGAAAAAUCGAUACAAGGAACAGAAAGGUUUUAUUGUACAUGAUUUAGGUAGUAUUGGAUUCAAAAUGGCGACUGUAUGUGAUGGCAAGCAACUACACCUUUUUUUCAGAGGGCUGUAUGGCCGAAAGGUUUCCUAUUAACAUGGUUGUAGAACAAAAUCACAAAAAUAUUAAUAAUUGGUUUAGUGGACAAAUAAAAGUAUCGAAGAAGGGUGAAAAAUUUUGCCUUAAAUUUUUGAUAAUGGAAAAAAAAACCCUGCGAUGUCCCCCGAAUUAUAUUAUCGUGGAGCUCUGUAGGAAAUUUCAAGUUGAUUCGUUUUUACACUUUUAAAGUUUUUCUUGCUGUUCAGCAUAAGAAAUUUAUUAUAUGUAUUCCUUCAAUCAGCGAUGCCUGUGCCAUACAAUUAAUUGACCUUCUAGGUUGAUAUUUUCCUCAUGCUCUUCUUUUCAACUAUAAUAGCUAACUAUCGCGUGUUCUCACGAGUUACAAUAAGAAUUCUUGGAGCGUGUUGGUAGUGGUUGCGCUGCACCUCGAAAAUGCUCAUAUUCCCGAUUUUUCCCUCACCUAAUUUUUUUUCUUUAUUCUUCACUCAUAAUAAAACAUUUUUUAAAUUAUUUAUCCAAAAAUCGAUUUUUUCCAAACUAGAGUGGCUUUACUCCUUAAAUCAAGAAUAUUAGCAAUAAACAUAAAUUCAUCUUUCUUAUCUGUAGAAAAAAAAGGGAUCAUUAUCUUCAAAAAUGGUCAUUACAUUAUUUUUAAAAAAUGAUAUUGAUAGUAUAUUUUAUUAAAAAAUCUGUUGUGAUAUCCUCUGCAUAUAAAUAUCCCAUACUAUAUAAAUUGUUUAUUCUGAUUCUAAUUGAAGAAUUAAUUUCAUCUUUGCGGUGAUUUGCAUUUUUCUAAUUUAUGUAUGUACUUCCAAAAUCCUUAUUUGUCAACUUAUAAAAAGAUAGUUCACAAUUUUUUAGUGAUAGUUAUAUUAUACAUAAUAUAUUUUUCCCCUGAUAGUGAAUUACUUACAUAAAUGGUGAAAAAUUUGACUGAUUAAAAUUUAAUUCCUUUGAAAGAAAAUAAUACUAGAUACCUACUAGAUUUUCUUUCUAAAUGUAGCGUUGUAUACCCUGUAUAAAAGAAUUCACACCGCAAGUAUUUUUGAAUUUUGUUCAUAUUUAGGUACCAUUAGGAAUUCUUAAUUAUAAUAAAAAAAAAUAAUGUUGACAUGAGGAAUAGCAACUAGUAAAGGUUUUGAGAAAUUUGGAAAGAUAUCAAUUUGUUUAUUCUGUAUAUCAAAAAGAUUUUUGAAAAUCCUAAUUAGUGAAAAUAUAAACUUCACUGAAAUAUUUUUAUUUCUUAUGAUGGAUAAUUUUUAUCCAUAAGGGUUAUAUGAAUAUGAAACUGCAAAUUGAUAACUUUUAAGAAACUUAAAAUUUAAAAAAUUCAACAUUUUCUGAAGCAGAAGUUUCUUACAGAUUAACUAAAUUUGGCCCAAUUUAUUAUUUAACUAAAGUUAAAAAUGUUCUGAAUUCGGAUGUAAAUACCAGUGGUGAGGAUACCAUAGGAGUCACUAUCACUAAAAUCCCCAGAAAUUCAGCGCCACUGAAUAUUUUGAAAAUUCAAUCUUGUAAGUUCUAGUGGUGAUUCCAAGAAAAAAAAUAUCCUUUUAUUUAUUUUAUUUAUUACUUACUUUUUUUUAACUCACCUCCAUUACUAUUACCAAGUACUACCCGAAAUGUAAAAUAGCACUAGAACUACUCAUUUCUCAAAAGAAGUUCAUGCGACUUUUUGCUAGAAAAAUUAUGCCAAUUAUUUUCUCAUAAUUGUGUUACAUUUAAAAUAAUAUUUUUAAAAAAAGGAAAUCCAGAGAACAUUUUUUGCAAAACAAAAGUGAAUUAUUUAUAGUAAUGGUAGUAUGAUUAAAAAAAUAAUAAAAAUGGUCGGUUACUAGCAGUUAUCAAAUUUUGAAAAUAUUCAGAGAUGCCGAGAUACUGGGAUGUUCAAUGUGGGUAAUUCUUGAUAUUCCAAUAGAUAGAUAUACCUAUUUAUAUUCAGUAGAUUUUUACUUCAAUUAGAUAAAUCACGACCUCAAGUUUCAUCAUCCUGCAUUGAACAUCUUCAGAAAUAUUUAUGAAUGUAAUAUUUAAAAUUUCAAUAACCUGUAACCUGAAAACUUAAUUUGCGAAUCCACUGCAAAACUUUUUAAAAUCGUUCAAAUAGUUGCUCUUUAUAGUUUGUUGCUCUGUACAGGGUGUUUCCAAAAAAAAGGCAUGGUGUCAAAAUGAAACAUAAGAUACAGAAAAUGUAAUUUUAUACCA